UGAGGAACUCAUUUCCAGGACAGUGCAGAAACGGAGUAAGAACUGAGCUGAACUGUUGGUCUGUCCUAGAACUGGACUCUUAACUGGAACUGUAUUCUUUGCAUUUGCAGAAUGGUGGAAUUAAAGCUGAGUGAGACAAGCCUAUUCCAGCAGACAGUGGCAUUGUUCUGGAAGAACCUGCUUCUGAAAUGGAGGAGGAAGUGGCACAGCACCUUGGAAUGGCUGCAGAACUUGGCCUUUGUGUUCCUGAUGUUUCUAACAAUUGUCAUAGGGUUUAAUGGACCCACAUCAAAUACUGAUCUAUCCCCUGCACGGGUUCUUGGCCGUUUGGAUGCGUUUUACAAUUUCUCUGUUGGAUAUGUGCGCACUACCUCUAUAUCCAGGGAUAUCAUGGAGAAGGUGGCCCAAAGCAUCAUUAUACCUGAUGUAAAGGUCGAAGAAUUUGCAGAUGAGGAGGAACUAAUGAAGGCUUUUCAUAAUACGUCAAUGGUUGCAGUCACCUUUGUGGACAAAUUCAGUUACCAUAUCCGAUACCGGAUGCAUGUAAUGGGACAUCCAAGUGAUUACUUUGCUUUUAUGGGUCACUGUGGCAAUGACUUGUUAUACUGCCUUCCUACAUACUACUGGUCAGAGGGCUUCCUUUCUCUGCAAGCAAGUAUUGACUCUGCUAUUAUUGAAGUUACCAGCAAUCAUUCCGUAUGGAACAAUAUGGCUUCUAUCGUGGCAAUUAAGAUGAAAUCUGCUCAACUGACUUAUAGACGACUGGUGCAUGUUGCAUCAUUUGUAUUUGUUAUGCCCAUGUGCUAUGUCUCGCUGAUAUACCUAUUAUCCCUCUAUGUGACAAGAGAGAGGUAUGAAAUGAAGGAGACACUAAGGCUGAUGCAACUUAAAGACUUAGCAUUUUGGUUAUCCUGGGGAUUGCUUUAUGCCGGUUAUAUAUUAAUAGUGGCCAACCUGAUGACUCUGAUCACAAAACCUUUUAUAUUUAUGACAAGUUCCUAUGGUGUCAUCAUGUUUCUUUUCUUUCUGUAUGGAGUCGCUCUGAUGUCAUUCACCUUCAUGCUGAGCGCCCUGUUUCGGAGUCCCAGAGCAACAGCCGUUGCUGGGUUUUUCAUCACACUCUUCCUUUCUGCUGUGGGUCUCGUACUACUAAGAAAAGAUUUUCCUCAAGCUCUUGCAGUCUUAUUGAGCAUCUUCCCCCAGUUUGCCUUUGCAGUUGGAUUACUGCAGAGUGUUCAUAUGGAUAGUGAUCUAGAAGGUGUCUACUUCUCUGACUUGAUGGGGGAUUCCUCUCACAUGCUAUCCUGCUUUAUCAGCCUUGUUCUCGAUUCGGUAUUUUACAUGAUCCUCACACUGUAUUUUGAAAAAGUUCUUGCAGAUAAACAUGGAGUUAAGCACGAGCCAUUGUUUUUCCUAAAAGCUUCUUAUUGGUCCAAAGAGAAGCCGUCUCCACUAAUGGGACAAACUGAUUAUAGCGGUGAAUCCUCAUUGGGAGACUUUGUUGAAAAGGUCCCUGAUGAUUUACAUGGAAAAGAGGCCAUCAGAAUCCAUGGAGUUAAGAAAACCUUCUCUGACAAAGACAAGAGCACUGAGGCUUUGAGAGGUCUAGAUCUAAAUAUCUAUGAGGGGCAGAUUACAGCCCUGCUUGGUCAUAGCGGAGCUGGUAAAACGACACUACUAAAUAUCCUUAGUGGAAUGUAUCCAGCUUCUGGCGGAUCUGCAACUAUCUGCAAUUAUAAACUCUCUAACAUGAGGCACUUGGAAGAGAUAAAGAAAAGGGUUGGAUUUUGCCCACAGGGUGACAUUAAGUUUGACCCUUUAACUGUGAAGGAAAAUUUAAUGGUCUUUGCAAUGAUCAAAGGGAUCCCAACAAAGCAAGUAGCACAUAAGGUCCAAAAAGUUCUGUCGGACUUGCAGAUGAAUGAUAUUGAAAACACAGAAGCUAUUACAUUAAGUGGUGGACAAAGAAGAAAAUUAACUUUUGGAAUUGCUAUUUUAGGAGAUCCUCAGGUUCUACUUCUUGAUGAACCGACUGCUGGUUUGGACCCAUGUUCCAGGCACCAUGUAUGGACCAUUUUAAAAGAGAACAAAGCAGAUCGAGUCACACUCUUCAGCACUCAGUUCAUGGAUGAGGCAGACAUCCUUGCUGAUCGAAAGGCUGUGAUCUCUAAAGGAAGGUUAAAAUGUGUUGGAUCCUCCUUGUUUCUCAAGAGAAAGUGGGGCAUUGGGUAUCACUUAAGGAUGCAAGUGUCUCCAUCAUGUGACGUGGAGCUUAUGACAUCGAUCAUUAAGCAGCGCAUACCCAGUGCUAAGCUCACAGCGCAAAAUGAAGAGGAGCUUACAUACGCCUUGCCCUUUGAAAAUAUGGAUGUUUUCCCAGAUUUAUUUAGUCAUUUGGAUGGCCAAGUAGGUAACAGCAUAGUCAGCUAUGGAGUCUCUAUGACAACCCUGGAUGAUGUAUUUUUAAAACUAGAAGGGGAAGGAGAGAUAGAAAGUGGAGAUUAUGAUGUUUUUAACCCAGAGUCUAGGACAGCUGAAGACAGAUAUGAUAUUUCUGCUGAAAUGGAAGAGUCACUUUUACUGAUGUCGGACUCUGGAAAUGUGACACUAAGUGGCUGGGAACUGUGGAGACAACAAGUGUUGGCUGUUGCAAGGAUUCGAUUUCUGAAGUUAAGACAUGACACUAAAAGCUUGAGAUCUAUAUUGUUACUUCUUGUUCUUUUUAUUCUGGCUUCAAUUCUAAGCAUUAUAAUGGCUCAUAUUUCCAAUAAAUUUAUUUCUUGGGAACUUACUCCAAGCCUCUACUUUCAAAGUCCUGGUAGUCGACUAAACAAAUACUACACAGAUUUGCUGAUUCAUAACAACACUGGUUCAUCUAUUGAUGACUUUAUUGGUGCAGUGAAAGAACAGAAUAUAGCAGUACAAGUGGCCAACGGCAAAUAUGACAUGGAUACUAUAAAGUACAGAGGAGCAAUUGAAGUCUCUCAAGCGGAAAAGGGCUAUAAUUUUACCAUUGUGGCAAACCCCAAGGCACAUAAUGCACUACCAGUACUUCUAAAUAUCAUCAGCAAUGCUCUUUUGAAGGUUUUUAAGGUCUCAGAACAUGUCCGUGUGUGGAACCACCCAAUAACUAUGGAUGAAAUGGAUAUACAUCAUAAAACAUAUAUAUCAAUUAUGUUUUUUAUGAUUUUUGCAUCUGGUCUAUCCCCUCACAUUGCAAUGAGCAGCACUGAGGACAACAGGAUCAAUGCUCGCACUCAGCUGAGGCUCGCUGGUCUCUUUCCCUCUGCAUACUGGUUUGGCCAAGCGCUUGUGGAUGUCAUUCUCUAUUGGAGUUUACUCUUCCUGAUGACGGCCAUACUUUUUGCAUUUAACAACUACUCCUACUUUCUAUUAAAUUUCAUCACUGCUAUGGUGAUGAUCGCUGGCAUGUUCGGCUACGGCAUGGCUGUGAUCCUGUAUGUUUACGUCAUCUCCUUUAUUUUUGGGAAAGGAAAAAUCCACCGGGACAGCUGGUCAUUAUUCUUUGUUAUAAUUACUUUUUUCCCAGCUAGUAAUGAAAUAUCUAUAUUUCCCUGGUUCUAUAUAUACUUAUUCAUUUUUCCUGUGACCACACUAUACGGAAUCAUGGACUACACUGAAGAUCUUCAGUUUCUUCAAGAAGCAGACAAUUUUAUCUUGCCGUGUACGCCAUACCUGCAUAUCAUCAUAUUCUUUGGGCUACUUUGGUUUUUGGAAUGGAAGUUUGGGUUGAGAAGCCUGACAACUGAUCCCUUAUUCAGAAUCUCCAGAAGAAAUAUGACAGUCAAGAAAAAUCCAGAAGAGCUGGGUAAUGAUGUGGAUGAAGAUGUGUUGGCAGAAAAAGAGAGAGUAAAAAAUGCCGCAACCGUUGCCAAUGUGGAAGAGAAACCAGUGAUUAUUGUAGACAGUCUGCGCAAGGAGUAUAAAGUCAAGAAAAGAGGAUCCUUUUUCAAGAAGAACAGAAAAGCUGCCACUAAAAACAUCUCCUUUUGUGUCAGGAAAGGUGAGGUCCUAGGACUGCUAGGGCCAAAUGGAGCUGGAAAAACCACAUCCAUGUACAUGCUGGCUGGAGAAGUAAAGCCAACUGCGGGAGAGGUAGUUCUCUGUGGGAAUGACCCAGCUGAGUCCACUGGCUUUCUUGGCUACUGUCCCCAAGACAAUCCUCUAUGGCCCAAUCUGACUGUGAAAGAACAUUUAGAAAUCUAUGCUGCUGUGAAGGGCAUGAAGAAGGAGGAUGCAUAUAUUGCAAUCAAUCGAGUUGCAGCAGCCUUGGAGCUUAAAGAACAUAUGGGAAAAGAAUCCAGAAAGCUGUCUCUUGGGGAGUCCAGAAAGGUGUGCUUUGCCAUAAGCAUGAUAGGUAACCCCAACAUUGUCCUUCUGGAUGAACCUUCAACUGGACUGGACCCUAAAGCUCAGCAGCGUCUUUGGAGAGCUAUAAGAGCAGCUUUUAAAAACAAAGACCGAGGAGCAAUUCUGACCACUCACUACAUGGAGGAAGCUGAGGCUGUCUGUGACCGGGUAGCCAUCAUGGUGUCUGGGAAGCUCAGAUGCAUUGGGUCAAUCCAGCAGCUGAAGAGCAAGUUUGGAAAAGGCUAUCUUCUGGAGAUUAAAGUAAAAGAGACUCACCAAGUGGAUCAGAUUCACAAUGAGAUAAUACGUAUAUUCCCCCAUGCAGCGAGGCAGGACAGAUUCUCAUCCCUGCUUGUCUAUAAGAUUCCCAUGGAUAACGUGCAGUCCUUGUCCCAAGCUUUUCUACUGCUGGAGGAAGCUAAACGUGCCUAUAACAUUGAGGAAUACAGCUUCUCACAGUCUACUUUGGAACAGGUGUUUAUUGAGUUGGCCAAGGAGCAGGAGAAGGAGGACUUUGAGCUGAACAACACAUUUCAAUGGAGACACCUGAGGGCAGAAAGUAUCUAAGGAAACUUCAACUUAUGGGACAUGUGUGCACAUUUUUGGAUCAGAAGACAAAAUAUUAUUCCUGUUGAUGGCAGGUUUUACGUUUCAAUUAAUAUUUAGAAGUUUUUAAGAACCUCCAACUGAAAUGGAAAUGUCCCUGAAUUAUUGUGAAGGCAGAAGUGGUGCUUGUUCUCCCCAAAUUUGUUUAUGUUCUUUUUAAAGGGGGUCAAUUUAAUCUCAUUGCCUAAACCAUGUUUAGAGUACACAGUAAUGCAGCAAUAUGCAGUGUCAGCUUGUCUAAAGCAACUACGAAGCCCAAAAUAAUGUGACUUUUGCAACAGGAAAAAAAAAAUCAUAAUUAUGUUUUUAACUGCCCUGCAUUCUGGAGCUAUUUAACUACCAAAGUGACAUGGGUGCCUGGAAAAAAUCUUUCUUCCUAAUCAUUUUUCCUCAGGGUACAAUAAUAUUUAGCAGGUAUUCUGGAAGAAAUCCAGAGAUCAAUGGAAGCCUCUCUCUCUCUCGCAGCAACAGCUUAAAGGUCAAGCGGAGCCUAAGAUUGCAGAUAGCUCUGGGAAUUGUUGAGAGCAUGAAAUGUUUUUAGAAUAGUAGGGACCUGAAGAUAGUUUUGGGUAUGGGUGAAAGCUGUGAAUAUUUCUGGAAAUGGCUCAGAGCUCAUGAUAGCUCUUCGACAAUGUGAGUUUCUGGGAAUAGUUGGAAAUAGCAGAUAGCUCUCUAGACAGCUUAUUGUGUCAAAAAGUCACAGUCGUAAGCUGCGUGCAUAAAAAGUUGCACUGAAUUCGGGAAUCUUUGUGAAUUUUUCAGCAGUUCUGCACAUAUUUCAGUAAAGCUAAAUGGGACAGAUUCGCUCAUCACCAUCCAUCUCACACCAAAACCAAAGAGAAUGAGCUAAAACAUAUACAGUACAUUAUCCAGAAUGCUCUGGACCUGGGGUUUUCCAGAUAAGGGGUCUCUCCAUAAUUCGGA